CAUUUCACUAUCUGACUAGGCUUGGUGCUCAGUGCCUACCCUCCCAGGUCCUGUAGUAAGUGCAGACAGUCUCUCCCUGUGUCUCUUUCUCGAAGGAAACGGGGCAAUCAGCUCGGAAUGUAAUUUCCUGUGUCAGGCGGACAGGAGGAGGCAAGCCAGAGCUGGGAGGUUGCGGCCAGAAACAAGAGACAAGCCACAAAGUUGGGAAUGCAGGGACCCGCUGACAAGUUGGAAACCAGAGCAGCUCAUAAAAUAAAGUUCGGCGGCAAGAGUAACAGCUAGGAAAUAACACACCAGGAGCCCGGAACACAGAGGGCAAAACGGGAUCGUCCACUCCAAGGGUUUACAUUUGUGUUAGCAGAAAGGGGUGCUGUGGUGCAAAAAGACUGACAGCUCCGGACUGACUCUGCUUGGCACGUAAAGCAAUACUUUUAAGGAAAUCGGGAAAAUAUGCUAUUGUGAAGAAAAUCAUGCAGAGCAGGGACACGUGUGUACUAAAUCAAUAAAACUGAAGACGAUGGGAGAAAAAGAAUGAAACUAAUGCAAAAUCUGUGAAUUGCAGUAAACAAAAAGAAGAAAGGCCUGCUCAGAUGUCUCAGGUGAGAACAGAUCCCCCAGGGCUUGCUGAUUCAUCGGAAAGCAAUGCCGGGGCAGUCCAGGAUGAAGCUCUGUCCCCCCUCAGAGGUGCUGAGGCUGAAAGUGACCUCGAACAAGAUGAAGACAAGUCCCUGACCCCAACAGGUAACACAGAGGAUAAAACAUUGUUACCACCACUCACUAAUGGAACAGUCUGUUGGCAUAAGAAAACAGACAUGAGUGCAGUCACAGAUGAACCAGUAGCAUGUCAGCCACUAGUGAAGUCAAAUCUGAAGUCUGCACUAGGGAAUGCUGAAGUGCCUGAAGCGGCAACAGAUGUAUUAUUAACUAGUGACAAAGGACAUGUGUCAGGACAGAUUGAUAUGAGGCACACGGCGGUAAAUGGCACUCCCAGUCAUGUGAUUCAGUGCCCGCCUACCUCCCAGACAUCGCAUAAGAAACUACAAUCAAACCCUUCCAUCAACAGUCACAGCAGCAAGAAAAGUCGAAGCAGUUCUAAGUCAGUAGCAUCUCAGAUACCAGCUGAUGCCCAUGAGGAUUGCUGUGUUCACUGCAUCCUAGCCUGCCUGUUCUGUGAAUUCCUGACACUCUGCAACAUUGUCUUGGACUGUGCCACCUGUGGAACCUGUGCCUCAGAUGACACCUGUGGUCUGUGCUGCUGCUGCUGUGCUACAGGGGAGUGUGGUGGUUGUGCUCUGCCCUGUGACCUGGACUGUGGACUCGUGGAUGCCUGCUGUGAAUCUGCUGACUGUCUGGAGAUAUGUAUGGAGUGCUGUGGCCUUUGCUUCUCCUCCUGAAAUGUGAUGGAUAGCAGUCUGGUGACUGCUGCUUGGGUCAUUUUGAGGCUGACUUGGAAUGGGUGUGCCACAAAGAACAGACUGACAGACAGACAGUUUCACUCCUGCUGAACUGGUCAUUCUAUAGUUUGACAGGGUGAAGGAAAAUAUGUAUGAAUUCUGUGAAUGUAGUGUCCCUUUUUGGUCACUAGUGAACUAAAUAAUUCAGAUUUAGUCUUUAUUUUUCUAGCCACACAAAAAUCUUAGAAGCAGUUGGCAGAAGACUUGUGAUUAUAAAUUCAGACUUGAAUCUGGAAAUGCUAACUAAAAUGUUUUUGUUUGCUGAACAAAGCUGUUUUAAUUUCUUGAAACUCCUACGCUAACUGUAGAACUACAUAGACUCUAGCCCAUGCAUUGUUUACAACAGACUUCAUCUUUAUUACAAUUAUUAUUACUACUUUGGUAACUAGAUAAAGCUGACCAAAUACAUGUGUGAGUCUUCUUGGGUGACCACAUAGCUCAUAGUAGUUAAGUGUCCCAGCUGUAGUCACCAGUUAUAUAAGCAGAUACUUCUGAAAUCAAAACUUUUUUUUUAUAUACUUACCAAAGCAGAUUACUGAACCUGAAUGCACUGUCAGGAUGCACAGGAGUGCUUAUUUCAAGUAAACUGGAAAAAUGUUAUUUUGCUAAAUGUAAUAAGUAAAUAAAAUGUAAUAAACAAAAUAUU